GCGCCCUCGACCCGUGUCGCCUGUCCGCACCCACGCCAUACCGACAAUGAGCGAGCCCGGCGACGUCGCAGCCGACAGGGCGCACUCGGGCACGCCGCCGCCCGUUGUCGACGCCGCCGCCGCCUCUGACGCGCCCACGGGCGCCAACGGCAAGAAGCGCAAGCAUGCAAAGGAGCCCGAUGCCAACAAGAAGCCCAAGGUCAUGGAAAACAAGGCCAUCUGGAUCUCCAACCUGCCGCCGGACACGACGGCCAAGGAGAUUGAAGACGAGUUCUCGCGCUUCGGCAUCAUUGACAAGGGCGCAGACGGCCAGCCGCGCAUCAAAAUGUACAUGGACGAGCAGACGGCCAGCUUCACGGGCAAUGCCAUGGUGAUAUAUUUCCGCAAGGAGGCCAUUACCAAUGCCGUCAACAUGAUGGACGACUACGUGCUGCGGCCCGGCGACUACUCCAACGGCACCAUUCGCGUGGAGCCCGCGAGCCUCGAGCACAAGAAGGAGCGCGACGGCGACAAGAUUGCCGCCAAGCUGACGCGCAAAGACCGAAAGGCGUCGGAGCGCAACCGAGCAGAGUUGAACCGCAAACUCAACGAGUGGUCCGACAACGAAGAAGAAGUCGCAGAGGCAUUUGCCCCCAAGAAGAACAAAUGGGCAAAAGUCGUCAUCAUCAAGCACGCCUUCACCCCCGCCGAGCUCGACGCCGAACCAGAAGCCUACCUCGAAAUCAAAGAGGAAAUGCGCGAGGCCGCCGAGGAAUAUGGCCAAGUCACAAAUUGCACCCUCUACGACAAGGAGCCCGACGGCAUCGUAACAGUGCGCUUCCGCGAGUUUGAACCGGCUGAAAAGUUUCUGGCCAAUUACCAGGGCAGAGGCUAUCAGAGGCGCAAACUCGCCCUGUCACUUGCGGAAGAUAAGCCAAGGUUUAAGAAGUCGGCGCGCGGAGAGGAUGUGGAUAGUGAGGAUGAAGCCGAGCAUUUGGAUCACAGGACCUAGUUUGGGGAGAACUUUUUUUUCUUUUUUCUGAUACUACUCUAUCUCUCUUUUUUUGGGGGGCUCAUCUUCUUUCAUGUAUAUGCUGCGUUUGAAUCAGAGUGGGAGAGAGAGAGAGAGGAGGCUGCAACGGUGUAGUCGCGGCGCUAAAGCCGUUGGAAUCCACAGUGGCUGGAUCUGAUAAUACCCUUAGCUUUACUUUACUUUACUUUAUUUAUUGCAUGCAACGAU